GGCGAGGCGAGGCGAGGCGGCGGGGCAGAGCCAGCCGGAGCCGGCCAUGGCGGGAGCCGUGACCAGGCGCGUCGGGAGCGCGUCGGAGCCGUCGGAAGACGCCGCGGUGCCGCUGGUGGCGCUGAACUACUCGCUGCGGCGCCGGCUGGCGCUCUACCUCAACCCGCGCGCCCCGGUGGCGGCCGACUGGGCGGCGCUGGCCGAGGAGCUGGGCUACGAGUACCUGGAGAUCAAGCACUUCGAGGCCCAGCCGAACCCCACCGGGCGCCUGCUGGACGACUGGCAGGCGCGGAGCCCCGGCGGGGCGACGGUGGGCCGCCUCCUCGCGCUGCUGCGCCUCCUGGGGCGCCAGGACAUCCUCACCGACCUGGGACCCAGCAUCGAGGAGAACUGUAAGAAGUAUCUGCAGAAGAAGAAGCAAGAAGAAUCAGAGCGGCCAGUCCAGGUCCCAGCAGUGGACAGUAGCUUUCCGAGGGCAUCCGAAAUGAAGGGUAUCACCACUCUGGACGACCCGCUUGGGCAAACCCCGGAGCUGUUUGACGCCUUCAUCUGUUACUGCCAGAACGACAUUCCCUUUGUUCAAGAGAUGAUCCAGGAACUGGAGCAGGCAGAACAUAAGCUGAAGCUCUGUGUCUUUGAUCGGGAUGUCCUGCCGGGAACCUGCGUGUGGUCCAUCACCAGCGAGCUGAUAGAGAGGCGGUGUCGGAGAAUGGUGGUGGUCAUCUCAGAUGACUACCUGGACAGUGAGGAGUGUGACUUCCAGACCAAGUUUGCUCUCAGUCUCUCCCCAGGAGCUCGUCACAAGCGCCUAAUUCCAGUGAAAUGCAAAAUCAUGAAGAAGGACUUCCCGAGCAUCUUAAGGUUCAUCACCAUCUGCGACUACACAAAUCCGGCCACCAAGAUGGUUUUGGACCCGACUGGCCCGAUCUCUGUUGCUCCCGUGAUGCCGCGUUGAAAGGCCGAAGCCUUGCGACGCCGGAGGGUGGGGCCUGCAGGGAGGGUGGGAGUCGCAGAGUAAGCAGGGUUUAGCCACACGCGAUUCCUCACCUUCCCUGUGAACGGCAAACUCGGGUUAAAGCCAGCCUUCGUGAAGGCCCUGGAGCAGUCCCCGGCCUCGCGUUGGGGUCAGAAGGAACAGAAUGUAACAACUGGGAUAUUAAUCUGAGUCCCGUUUGCUUAUUUCCUUUCGUUUUUGGUGAAACGAAGGAACCAAGAAAAACUUGAUGGAUGGCAGGAAGUCUUUUAAACUUCCUGCCAACAACCCGGUGGGAUGAAAAACACCAGUUACUUCCUGCUAAGUGCCUGUGGCUUCUUAUGGAGGAAGACCACAAGAACCAUCGCUCUGUGCCACAGAAUCAGAGUGGGACCCGUCCCACUUUCCUAUUUCCGAGAAGGGCAGUCAACCCCCAACGCCUUAGAAGGCCCUUCGCCUACCGCAUUUCACGGAUCUGCCUUGUGUACGUGAACGCACAUUUCACCUAGUGCCAUAAGCCAUGGUUUGCUUUAACCGAGGUUGCUUGACCAAGCCUCAGUGAACUCAUUCACACGUAAUACCAAGCCAUGAAGCACAGUUGACAGUGGCUGGGUUCACAAGGGCUGCUCAACCAAACAUGAUUUGUUUCAUAGAGGCCUAGUGCAGGGUGUGAAUUCCACUCUUGUGUGGGUAAAUCAGGGUUUAUGGCUUAGAGUUAUGAGCAAACGUGGCCUGUAUAAAUUUUACAAGCAACCAGUUCUCUCUGUCCCACUUCCAAAUCAGGGAGAGGAAAUGGCCACAGUUUAAGUGUGUCUUUUGAAUGGGUACCGGACCCACAGCUGACUCUCAGCUGUGCCUAGAGCGCAUGGGUAUCACAAAGGGAGGGAUGCUCAUAUGACAUCAUAAUGCAAAUGUCGCAAACAAUAUAGUUUGGGUGAUGAUGUCAUGAUGUGGGUGAUGUCACUGUGGCUUCUACCAAAUGCUGGUGCUCGCGUGGGAAGACUUCAAGACCAGCUUUCUGACUUUCCUGACUGAGACCUACUUCCUCAGGUUCAUGAACCAGUUAGAUACAGCAACUAAGCUGGUACAGUUUUGACCCUGCUGAAAUCAUGCUAGGUUGCUCGAUCCCUUUAAUUUCAGGGGUGAUCAAGCAUAGUCAAGUCUGGGUCCAGCCCAUGAUGUUCAGAGCAGGAGAAAAAUACAGGUAGUCCUCGCUUAACAACCACAACUGGGACUGGAAUUUUGGUUGCUAAGCAAAGCAGUCACUAAGCAAAUCUGACCCGAUUUUACGACCUUUUUGCGGCAGUCGUUAAGUGAAUCACCAUGGGUGUUAAGCAAACCGUGUGGUGCCCCAUUGUUUUUGCUUGCCAGAAGCCGGCCAGGAAGGUCAAAAAUGGCGAUCAUUGACCACAGGAUGCUGCGACUGUCAAAAAUGUGAACCGGUUGCCAAGCGCCCAGAUUGUGAUCAAAUGACCCCAGGAUACUGCAACGGUUAUAAGUGUGAGGACUGGUUGCAAGUUGGCUUUUUCAGUACCAUUGUAAGUCUGAACCAUUACUAAACGAAUGGUUGUUAAGCGAGGACUACCUGUAUCUUUUUCAUUCCACCAAGUUCUCAAACACACACAAGGCCCAUGCCCCAGAUUUAGGCAAUAACAUAGUACUUGAAAGAGAGAUCAUGGAAAUAUUUGGGGUGUUAAUGCAUAAAUAUUGAAUAAAAAAAAUAGACAAAGAAAAUUUAUAAUAUAUUUCUGUAGCUAUUGUAAUAUAGAGACAUUCCAUCUGCAUCCCAUACCCCGUGAGGAUGAUCCUUCCUCGUCUGGCUACUUCCAUCUCUCCUUAAAAUGUUUUUUUGCAAAGUUCAGCAUUCUCCCCACCUUGCAGGGGGGAGCAAUGUCUUUUUAACAGUGAAAGAGUUGACGUGCUCCAGCUGGAAAAAAUGAUUUUUUUUUUCUGAAGAUGCCAUGAAAUAUAAUCUUCCCUGUCCUGGGAUUGCUACAGGUAUGUGUAGACUACCACCCACGUCAUCUUAGGCUGUGGAUGAUGGGAGUUGAAGCCGAAAUUCAUCCAAGUGUCUUUCUUUGAGGUCCGCCAAUGUUUGGGUGAGGGCGGUAGUUACAUUUGAAAGUUUAAUGUAGAAAAAAUAAUAAUUUUAAUGCAUUUGGGCCCUCUUGCAAUAUGGCUGGAGGUGUGCGUGCGCCACUUCCCACAUGGCUCCAUGAUGCACUGGUUUAACAGAACGGCAAUCAGUGCUGGAGUUUGUACUGUUACAGCUUUGAAUUUUUAUCUGUCUCUCCAGGGGUGUAUGCAGGGGAUGGUCAAAAAAGUCAAGAUGGCAGUUUUGACUAUAGGAUCAAAGCUGCACCCAUUUUUUACAUGCACUUAAAAACAGGUGGAGCUUUGAUCACACAUCACGGCAACAAUCUUGAAAUUUUUGACCACAGCUUGUAAAUAUCUCUGUAACUAUCUCAGGGCCCUCAGGUGCCAUGUGUCAGAUCAGAAUAUAUGAUACUUGGAAAUAUUAGUUUGUAUGUAUUCUUAGGUAGCAUUUAAAGACUUCAGGGGCUAAAGGCGCAUUUGUAUAAUUCACGUUAUUCAUUUCUUAGCCAGCAGGAUCCAUCUCUCCUCCUGUUUGCUUACAUAGGCUGGUUUUUGCUGGGGUAUUUUAACCACAUGCCCUCUUGCUCACCAUUUUAUUCUUAUUUUGUGCUGCAUAAUGGCUUUUCAUUCUGUACUGCCCUUAAACUCUGUAGAACCAAAAAGACUUUUUAUGUGGUGUCCACAAAUUAAAGAAAGAAAGAAGGAAGAAAAAAUGUUCCUUGUUACUGGGGGUGGUUUUCCCCCUCUUCAAUUUGAUUUGUCCUUGGAGGUAAUUUUGGAUGUGUAAAUUAAUCCAAUUCUCAUCUGGGUUGUUUUUUUUUGGACAGGGAAUGGGGGGGUGGAAUUAAUCUGAUUCAUAUGAAGGCAGAUGUACUCAAACUGUCCGCACUUCCUGAAUCACAGUAAGAUUCAAAACAAAUUGUACUUUGAAAUUAGCACUUUCUGAAAUGUUAUAAUGAAGAAAUUGAGCAAAAAUGUGUAUAUUGCUGAAAACAACCCCCCCACAAAAGACAUUAACAACAGACUGUUUAUCUUAGAGGCGCAACAAAUGCGUACAAUUUUUUAAUGUGGAUUUUGAGCAAAAGUGCAGAGCGAUGCGGAAAAUGGGAAUUUGAAAUGAAUGUAAGACUGGGUGAAUGAGAAACUGAUAUUUUGGGAUGUGUUUCUCCUUUUACAGAUAAAUUCAAGGAUGGUCAUAAACAGUGUGCCAAUGCAGGGUAAUAAUUAACCCAGGUUUACUCAGAAAGUGGGUUUAUUUGUUUUUGGCUUAGCAUGAGUUGGAAACGAAUCAGUGCAUUUUACUCUGUGUUGUUGAAGCUCAUUUUGCAAUAAUGCACGUUUGGUUAUGUAUAUAUAGAAGUUAAGAAAACCUUCCCUUGGAAUUCAGGACAGAUUGCCUGAAAACAAGAAAGGGAAGCUAUUCAUAGAAGAAGGAGUAUGUUUUUUUAACAUUUGUAACAUUGAGAUAGGCUGGAAAUCUGACAUCAAAAUUCACCAUUUCCAUUUCUUCAAGGGAUGUUUCACGAUUUCAUAGACCUGCAACAAAUUGUACUUCAUGCUAUUGCAUGUCUGCUGUCAAGAAUCCACUUGCAGAUAGAAAUACCUUCUUGUUUUAGUAGCUUAUAGAUCUGAACCAAGAUGAAAAUGUCAUCAAAACUGCAAUUGCGAACUGUUUGUUCUGUGUAUUUUCAGCGUAUAGUGUUUCAAUUAUCUGUAGAUUUUUUUAAUGGUUUUUUUUAGGUUGUGGUACCAGAUUCUGAGCACUUCUGGCAGAGGGAAGACUUUUCAUAAUUACAUUUAAGUGUUGACUACCCUGGCAUGUUGUUGAAUAUAAUUUUCGAGCCAA